GUUAUAAUCUAGAGAGAGAAAGAGGGCGCUUUUUCUAUGAACGCUCGAAAGGGGAAGAGAGAGAGAGCUUCGGAUGUGCGUUCAUGGUCGAAGAAAAAGUAGGGUUUUUGGAUUAUCUUACCAGCCUUUUCCGAGGUGCUUGGACCUGGCUUUCGAAGCCCAGACGAAGAGAUCUCAUGGCCGAUUUAUAGAAUGUGCUUGACAAACAGGAUCGUGAAACUGUGCAUAUCAUAGCCAAGUGGCACAAGGCUUAGCAACUGCAACGGUUCUUGCCACUGCAGCAGUGAAUGGAUUGGCAUUAAUCAUGUAUUUUAUUUUAUGUGAGAGCAAAGAUUUUCUUAGGUUCAUGCAUCGGAUAGGUGCAGCUGCAGGAAGGAGUUGGAAUGUUAUAACAUAGCAUUGGCCAUUGUUUGUCUGGGCUGUGUUGAACUGAGAUUGUGAAUUAGUCAGCAUGGCUCCUGGGACUGGGAGUAGCAUUUGCAAGGAAGUCCUUGAAUCUCAAGCUGCAGAUCAUGAGUUAUCCAUUGCAAGUGAUGAAUUGGAAAAUUUCCAUCUAACUAAGCCUACUAUUGCUCCUAGCAUUAAAGGAGGUGUAUCUUCCACUAAUGGUGUGCAUGAGCUUCUUAAGUGCCCUGUCUGUACAAACUCAAUGUACCCUCCCAUACACCAGUGCCCAAAUGGUCACACUCUCUGCUCUAAUUGCAAGCUCAGAGUACACAAUCACUGCCCUACUUGUCGAUAUGAACUGGGAAACAUAAGAUGUUUAGCUCUCGAGAAAGUGGCUGAAUCCCUCGAACUUCCCUGCAGACAUCAGAACCUUGGAUGUCCAGACAUAUUUCCAUACUACAGUAAAUUGAAACAUGAGCAGCAGUGCAGGUUUAGGCCCUAUAAUUGUCCUUAUGCAGGUUCUGAAUGCCUGGUCACUGGUGAUAUUCCAACACUUGUGGCUCACUUAAAAAAUGACCAUAAGGUGGACAUGCAUGAUGGGUGCACAUUCAAUCAUCGUUAUGUCAAAUCCAACCCACAGGAGGUUGAAAAUGCGACAUGGAUGCUCACUGUUUUCAAUUGUUUUGGGCAACACUUCUGCCUUCAUUUUGAGGCCUUCCUACUGGGGAUGGCUCCGGUUUAUAUGGCAUUCUUGAGAUUCAUGGGAGAUGACAAUGAAGCAAAGAACUUCAGUUACAGUCUUGAAGUGGGGGGCAACGGCCGGAAACUAACAUGGCAGGGAGUGCCGAGGAGCAUCCGAGACAGUCACAAGAAGGUCCGAGAUUGCUACGAUGGAUUGGUCAUUCACCGCAAUAUGGCACUAUUCUUCUCCGGCGGCAACCGGCAAGAGCUGAAGCUUCGAGUGACAGGUCGCAUAUGGAAAGAACAGUAAUAGGGUGAUAACUGUUGGAUGUAUGUGUUCCUUCGGAUCCAGUGACCUCAGCCGUCUGAUGUUAACUGUGAAUGAGCUGACUGCAAGAACUGGAUGUGGGUAUCCAAUGAUGCUUGCCUAGGACUGAGUUGUGUAUUUUGCAUUUGGUGCAUGUGAAUAGAUGAGUGCAUUUGCAUGUA